UCUGUGCCGAACGAGAAGCCGGCUCAUAUAAUAAGACUGCCAACCUGCCUAACAGUCCUCCUAUCCUUUUCCUCUCCUGCAUCCCACCCGCUUCGUGAUAAAAUCCAGUCGCUCGUUGUAUCCGUCCCGUCCUCUCGCUUCCUCUCGCACAACCCCUCAGACAACCUUCGCCAUGAAGUACACCGUCGCCCUGCUUGCCCUCACGGCCGGCAUCUCGGCCCAGGACAUCAGCAUCCUACCGGAGUGCUCGCGGCAAUGCAUCCUCGACGCCAUCGGCAAGACGUCGUGCGCCGCCACCGACUUUGCCUGUGCCUGCAAGAACAUGGACGUCAUCAAGGCGAGCGCCACCCCGUGCGUGGUCCAGAAGUGCGGCAUCGACACGGCCCUGAGUGCGUCGGCCUCUUCUUGCCUUGUUGCACACCCCGCCCGCAGCCGCUUCCCACCCUUCUUUACUAACCCCCGGUUCCCUGCUCCCCGUUCCCCAAAUAAACAGACCAAGUCCUCCCCGCCACGGAGAAGUUCUGCGCCGCCGUCGGCUCCGGCUCCAGUUCCAGCUCCGCCUCCAGCUCCAACAAGCCGACCGCCGCCGCAACCACCACCACCACCGCUGCCGCCGCCACCGCCUCUACCACCGCGCCCCCGGCUGUCGAGCCCACCGGUGCCACCGCCGGCGCCGCCCCCUCCAACUGCGCCCCUGCUUUGACUCCUCCUCCUUUUUCGUCCUCCCCCUCGUCCACCUCGACCGGGUCCCCCUCCGCGCCGGGCUCCUUCGUCACGUCGGCGGCGAC